UUUAUAGUGUUGGCCCGACCCUUACUUUGCUACGGUGAUGUUUCGUUUCUGUGUUGUUUUGUUGUGUUGGCACGAGCAGUGUAAUAUGUGAAAUGUAACUUGUAAUAAAGCACAUUGUACUCAUAGACUGAAAUUUAUUUUUGGUACAAACAAUGCUUCCUGACGUAUUGCAGAAUAUAGUGUCCGUAAAUAUGUCAGACAAAAUGAAGGAACUAUUGAUAGCAAAAACACUACGAGCAAACCAAGAAUUAAGCCAAGAAUGUUGUGUCACUACGUUGGAUCUAGGUGUAAGAUGGGUGCUGGAGGGGGACAGACCAAUGGUUGUAACAGUGGGAUGGUUAGUGUUGCAACAUUUGAAAGAUUUCCAGCAGAGCACAAUAUCAGAGCUGCUGAAUGUUGCCACGCUAGAGAAAUUUCUGAGAUUUAAUGCAUCGUCUUAUAAUAGAGCAGAGGUGCCUGCUCUUGUUUCUUGGAGCCUCAGCAUAAUGUCCUCACAAGCCAUGGAAGUAGCAGUAGGAAACCUUAUCACAGACUUUUUGAGAGAGAAUGUCCAUGGCGACAUCAAUGUACUUGUAAAUGUGUCAAAGCUUCUGUGCGAACAUCCACGCUGCAUUCCUGUAGCUGAUGAACGAGCAAGGCUUUGUGAAGUUGUGACAGCAAAUGUUGCAGAGGUACCUAUGCCCAAGGCCCAACCUGCACAGGUGUCACAACUUGUUAAACAGAUGGGGUUCGUACAAGCAUUGCUGAUCAGAGUUUGGAAGGGGGAAGAAGGGAAAAGUAAUGAACAGCUUAUGUUCAGAUGCCUUGCAGUUCUGCAUGCAACAAUCAUUGACCGCCCAACUGAGCCCUGCCCUGCAUUGGCAGCAAUACUGCAUUUGGUGGAGCCACACUUCAUCCCAAAAUAUGUGACAGCUAUUUUAGAGGCCAGUCAGGGCCAUUUCCGUACACUCCACACUCUCUGUCAGUGGCUUUGUUGUUGGCCUCGUGCCACACUACUCAGUCCCUGGGUUCUAGCCCUGAUCGACGGCCUAGAGACUAAGCAGCAUUUUGAUGUGUUGAUGGAAGUGACUCUGGCCACUGUGGAGUAUUUGUUUGCCGCUAUAAUGCUUCCCGUUGUCCGAUCUGGUGUCAUAGACGUUGUGUGGCGUAUGAUUGCAUCAUCCAGGCACUCUCCACAGGUUUUCCACAAGGUAGUGAAUCAGGUGCCUACCGUAAUGGCACAGUUGGUCCUUGAAAAUUCUGAUUCAAGUCGUACAUGUCUCCAGAUGGUGGUGAACAUGAGCUGCGCUAUGGUCGCUGCGUUUCCAAGAAAUGACAACAUGUAUGAUCCAUUGAUUCGAGCACUGAAGGACUGUUCAUCAUUCCUUCCUCCAGGGGAGUUUGCACCUGAGAACAUGCCAGCCUGGUUGAUUGGUGGACAGUUUUAUUAUGUUGAAAAUCAUAAGUCAAGAGAACGUUCAUCUUUAAACCGUGUGGGCUUGAACAACUUGGGAAACACCUGUUACAUGAAUUGUGUGUUACAAGCCCUCUUCAUGACUCACAGGUUUUGCUCUACAGUUUUGGAUAGUGGUGUUCGGUCACAGCCAUUACUCUCGAAACUUCAAGCUCUUUUUGCGCUUCUUCUUCACUCCCAACGUCGGGCCAUCACCCCUGCUAAGCUGCUGGCUGUGGCAAAACCACCAUUCUUUCAGCCCGGUUACCAGCAGGACAGUUCCGAGUUCCUCACGUAUUUGCUGGAUGUUUUGCAUGAGCAAGAGAUGCAUGCCACAACAAGUUCAGAAUCAACUGUAUUAGGAAGUACAGGAGAUGGGGGAGCAAAGGCAAGUUCCGUGGAGGCAGCAACAGGUGGAGCUAUGGUACGCUGGAUGACGGAAGAAGAUCUCUCAUAUCCGAACACCCUGGAAUACAAGGCCCACUCCCUGGCUGAUGUUACACAGGCUACGGGGGAUGAUGUGCAGCAGCUGAGCAACUUCCACUCAAUUUCAACGGACAGUGGGAUACAGUCAGUAUGUGGAGAUGAGAAAGCGACCACGUCAUCUUCUCCUGUUCCAUAUGAGAGCUUGGUACAGCAGUGUUUUGGGGGACGCCUGCUCAUCAGUUUUAAGUGCCUCCAGUGUAAAGCAGAAUCGGUUCAUACGGAUCACUUCCGAGAUAUCCCGCUUGCCUUUCCUCCUGACUGCGGUCCUAAUCACAAACUGCAUAUUCAGGAUCUGUUGGAUUACUUUACAUCACCAGAACAGUUGAGUGGGGAGAACCAAUACCAUUGCGACUCAUGUGGUGGACUGCGGGAUGCUCAGCGAACAAUACAGAUUUUACAGCCACCGUCUCAUCUUGUGCUGACACUCAAACGCUUCCAGUUUAAUUCUCAGACAGGAGAGCGAGCGAAACUUCUUCACUGGGUUCAUUGCUCCGAGAGCAUCGAGUUGUACCGGCAGUCAUAUAAGUUAUACGCAGCGGUGAUCCACUCGGGAUCAGAUAUCGACACGGGUCAUUACUACACAUUAGCAUGUGAUGAAACUCUGUCAUGGCAAAUUUUUAAUGAUUCUUUGGUGGCCCCAUGUGAUUCUCCUCCGUGGAGUCCUCCAGACACUCCCUACAUCCUUUUCUACGCUAGGCCUGAAGAGAAACUGCAGCCCGCUGUUGAUCUCUUGUCUCUGCCGUCACUCCACCCCGACCUCGUGAAGCUCGUUAAAUACGAUGAUAUCGAGUGCCUACAGGAAAUGUGGAAUGAGGACAAGAGGCGCAGAAGAGGGGGCAAGCAGCAACCAUCCUCUCGACGUGGCCCACAUAAUCCUGACCAGGACAGUAAUAAUGGCGGUAACCCCCCAGGCAGUUGCGGAGGAAGCAUGAAUCUUUCUCAUAAUAGGUUUGUGUUUUGAUUCUUAUUUUACUUUAGAGCACGUCAGUGUAAAUAAAAUAACUGAUAAAUAGAUGAGGGUCCUGUAAAGUUAAGUACGCAGGUGACCGAGUGUUAUGUUAUAUUAUAUGCAUGGAUAUGCAUUGUUUAUAAUGUGAAUUUUGUUUUAUAAGAAUAAAAAUAUUAGUUUUGAAUUCA